AUGGGGCCCUGGCGGGCCCCGGGGCCCGCGGGUCGGCCCGAAAAAUCCCCGGGCCGGGGCCCGCGCCCGGCUGCCCGGCGGGGCACCCGGGCCUUCCGACGAGCGCGGGCCUGGCGGGCUGGCGGGCUGGGCGCGCCGCCGGCGUUCGCCCCCGCGCGCAGGUGUUUUCUCCGCCCAGCAUCGACGGCUAACGUGGCGUCCAGCGACCUCUUCCAGCCGCUCUGUUCCUGUCGGGGCUGGCCCCCGACCCGCUGCCGCCCCUGUCCGCCCACCACCCCCGCGCCCCCGCCGCUGCGCCCUUCGCCGCCUCGGCCGCCACCCGCUGUCACCAUCGCCCCACUCGGAGGACCAGUUGGCGCGGGUGCUGGAGAAGAACACGCAGCUGACGCUGCAGAACAGUGACCUGCAGAAGCAGGUGCAGCAGCUGCAACAUGUGAGCGCGGCGGAUGGCGGCGGGGGCGGUU